AACCUUCGGGUAUUGUUUGAGGUGUUCGUGUGGAUCAACUGUAGAGAUAUUCAUAUUAUUGAAUAUUGUUUUUGUCACACAAGAUUUCAUCUACUUGGAAGGUAAAGUAUUAGAGUUUAAUGGCCCGAAGCUAGUCUCAGAAGUCGUUAGUGACUUUCCGGGACAUGGGAUUUUCAAAAAAGAUGAGUUGUUGUCGCCAUUAGACAACCACGGGCUACUCAUUGGUGGGCAAUUCUACAAUCUCUUUCCUCUAGCUUCAGAUGAAAGGGACCAACCAGUCAGAGUAUCAAGUGCUGCUGGAUUUGACCCCGUUAGGAUGUCCACGAGUUCAGUUGCAUUGCAACUUGUGACAAAGAACUUAUCAGACAAGUCAGGGUUUGAAGUAUUGCCGCCACCUAGAAAGGGGGUCUGGAAAGUGAAACUAGUAAUCAACACAAAACAGUUGGAGGAGAUACUCUCAGAGGAUGGGAACACUGAGGCGUUGAUUGAACAGAUGCGGGCGGCGGCGGCUAGCUCGAUGAAAGUGAUGCCACGGCGGAGUACUAGUUAUUGGGGAAUAAAAUUGAAGCCGAUUUUUUGCAAUGUUACAGAUAAAACGGUGGUUGAUGACAGAUCGUCACCAAAGUCAGUCACACCAUUGUUGCAGCAGCAGUAGCCCAAAUAAAUUCUGUAGCAAAAGAUAGAAGGAACUCCUUAUUCCAGUUUUAUGUGAUACCACCUAGUAACCACUCUUGUGUUUGCUCAUUAUCUUUUAGAUAAGCGAUAAACAAACUCUCACACACACACAUACACAUUGGGCUAUGUUUCAACUUAAAUCUCAAUGAGCUUAUUUCAAGUUUUUUAAAUAGAAACUAUGAGCGUUAUAACUAAAUUCAGUUCCAGUAACCUAUAACCUUCAGUGUUUUGUUCAGCUAAACCUUAUAAAUGUAAUCAACUAAGUCUGAAAAGUUAUUAUGUACAUAAACUUACAAAAGGUUUAUUGUAUACAUGAACCCUGCUAAUUUUCUAUUGUAUACCGAAACCGGCUAAAGGCUUGAUGUGGGCUGGUUAAGUGCAUGAAAAUGUAAUAAACUAUGCUCAAAACGUUAUUGUGUGCAUGAACUUGCAAUAAAUAUUUAUUGUAUCAAGAUUUUUACAAUUUCCACUUUUUUCUUUUUUUCAUCUCCCACAACAUCUCUCGGCGGCGGGGUGUAAAAGGAAUUACUUGUUUGUCGGUUUCAUGAUGAAAUACAGAAAAAGGAAUAUCAAAGAGAAGAAGAAAAAGCAAAAGACAGUAACAGUGGACGACCAACAUCUCUCGGCGGCGGGGUGUAAAAAGAAUUACUUGUUUGUCGGUUUCAUGAUGAAAUACAGAAAAAGGAAUAUGUGCGGUGGUUUGACAUCGUUUUUCAUCAGUGAUUGUGUUUGUUAUUCAUUUCUUUGACAUCAUCAUCAUCAUCAAGAUAUAAGAUCCGAUUUUUUUUAUAAAA